AUGAAGAACAACCUGACAGGUGGACAGAACGUUCUGAACGGUCGACAGUUUGGGUCAGCCUCUGUUCGUGCCGAUAACUCCAACGACUUAUCUCAGAACAAGACCAUAUUGCAAGGUUUCGAGUGGUUCUCGCCAGGCACAAUCACUAGCAUUGAACAGGAUCCAGACACCGGCUUUGUGAAAGACCAGUCUGUUUCGCACUGGAAGCAUCUAACUCAACUUCUACCACAAUUCGUUGAUCUGGGAUUCGCCUCAAUAUGGAUUCCUCCAGCCUGCAAAGCCACGAACCCAAAGGACGAAGGUUAUGGUAUCUACGACUUAUAUGACCUUGGUGAGUUCGACACGAAAGGAAGCACAGCUACAAAAUGGGGAACUAAGCAGGAACUGCAAGACUUGUGUUCGGAGGCUCAACGCUUCGGUGUUGAUGUUGUAUUUGAUGCGGUCCUAAACCACAAGGCUGCUCCCGAUGGUGCCGAGGAGGGACUUGCCAUACGGGUCAAUCCCAAGAACAGGCUCAAGAAUCUAGACACAAAACCGAGAAUGAUUGAGGCAUGGACAAAGUUCAACUUUGAUGCUCGGCAAGGUAGAUACAGCACUAUGAAGUAUAACAACAGUCACUUCUCGGGCGUGGACUGGGAUUGCAAACAACAGGAAAAGUCAAUAUUCAAAUUUGUUGGAAAACGUCCAGAUGGAACCAUGAAGGACUGGGCCGACGAUGUUGGCGGAUCUGAGAACGGCAACUACGAUUUUUUAAUGUUCGCCGAUGUUGACUUUGGCAACGAUGAGGUUAAGCAAGAUGUCAAGCGCUGGGCACGCUGGUUACUCGAUGAGCUGCCAGGAAUACGAGGUUUCCGACUUGACGCAGCCAAACAUUAUUCCUCGAGGUUUCAAAGAGAGUUCGUAGACCACGUCAAGUCGUAUGCCGACGAGAGCGCCAGAGAGUUCUUUUUCGUCGGAGAGUAUUGGAUGCCUGAUUCAAAAGUCCUAAAUGCACAUAUCGAUAAGACGUUUUCUGGCAAGGUACACAUGUUCGACAUCAAGCUCUUGUAUAACCUCCACGAUAUUUCCAUUGGUCGCCUCCGAGAUCUGCGGAAGGUCUUCGUAGGCAGUCUUGCCAGCAUCAAUCCGUCUCGAGCAGUCACUUUUGUGACCAACCACGACACGCAAGAGACGCAGUCCCUGGCAUCACCCAUUGAGCCAUGGUUCAUUCCUCACGCGUAUGCCUUGAUUCUUCUACGUUCAGAAGGUCAGCCUUGCGUUUUCUGGGGCGACAUGUACGGUACAGAUGGACCACAGCCACGGCUGCCAGCAUGUGGUGGACGACUUGUACGACUUAUCAAGGCCAGGCAGCUUUUCGCUUAUGGCAAACAGUAUGAUGACUUUUCGGCUUCUCAAACCUCGUCAAGUCCUUUCACUCAAGACAAGGAGUGCAUCUUCUGGCAGCGUGGCUGGCAAUCGAUGACACAUGGACAUAUCGGUCUCGUAGUGCUAGCAUCGAUCUCCUGGUCCUGGAAGAAGAGAAGGGUAAACGUUGGCUCUCAAUGUGCUGGACAAAUAUGGACGGACCUCAUGGGCUGGGCAUGGAGCGGAGUGCUAAUAGACAAACAUGGGUUUGGUGAUUUCCCUGUAGGAGCUCGCAGUAUCAGUGUUUGGACUUGGCAGAAUGCUCCGGGCAGAGACCAAGUGGAUGACCUAGUAUACCCACCAGAGCCAGAUCUUGUGCCGAAUACAGAUGAAGUGACUGAAGAGGUAUUUCCCGCUGAACUUCGGACCUAG